AUGGAAAGUAAAAAAACAUUUUUUAGGGAGAAUGAGCAAGUAAAGAAUAGAUUAGAGAGUGUUAUGAACAUUAUUAAUAACGAUGAUGAUAAAUAUAUUUUGGAUAAUUUUAAUAUAAUAUUAGAUAAUUUAUAUUAUUUAAAGAGUUGCUUAAAUAGUUAUAGAGAAGUAAAAAAUGUUUUGGAUCCCCAUUUGAAUUUAUUAGUGCAUUCGUUCUUAUAUUUUUUGAAAAAAUCUUUUAAAAAUGUUAAGUAUAUUAUAUCCUAUUAUAAGAAAAAUUUAUAUGAGGAAGAAAAGAAAAGAAAUGAAAAUGAUAAUAUAAAUGUAGAAAUAAAUAAAUGUAGUAUUGCACACAUUGAUGAAGAUUGUAAUAAUAAUAAUAAUAAUAAUAAUAAUAUUGUUAAGAUUAGUUAUGAUACUAUAAAAAUAUGUAGCGAAGAGCAAUUUCAUUUUGGUUUUUUAAAAAACAAUUUAAUACAUGGAAACAAUUAUAAUAGUAAUACACAUCAAGAUACAGAAGAAAAUGUAGAGUGUACGAUACAUAUAAAUGAUAUGCCCAAUGAAGAAAAUAUUAACAACCAGAUUGGUUGUUAUAAGGAUGAUUAUGAAUAUUCAGCCUGCGUGAAUUCUAAAACAAAUUUAGAAAGGAAAUAUUCUGAUGAUGAAUUUUUAAAUAUCUAUAUAAUUAUUAAAGAAAUAUAUAAAUAUUAUAAUACGCUUAUAUCCGUUAGAGGAGAAAAAAAAAUAAAAUCUCUUUUUACAUGUAAUUCUUUUUAUUUAUAUAAUAUUGUUGAUUUAUUACUUUUAUUAAAAAGAGAAGAAAAAAUAUUUGAAUAUAUAAGUAAUUUAGUAUAUAAUAAAACAGGUGAAAAUAAUUCUUGGGUAUUUUCAUAUAUCUUAAUAAUAUGGUUAUCUUUUUGUUUAUAUAUACCUUUCAAAUUAAAAGAUGUAGAUAAGGAUAUGUUAAAUAAUAUUGAAGAAAUUUAUUAUUAUUAUAUAAAAAAAAAUGAAAAAUCAAAAGAAGCAUGUUCUAUUUUAUAUUCUCAUUUUUUAAGGAGACAAGAUGUAUAUGAAUGUAAUAUAUAUUUUCAUCAUUUUUUUCUUAUUUCUAAAGAAAUAAUGAUGAAAUUAAUAUGUAUAGAUUUAGAAAAGGCUAAAAGUAAAGAUCCCAAAGAUGAAGAAUUUUACAUUAUUAAAAAUAAGGAACUUCCUUCGUAUUGUAACAAUACAAAAUUUAGUAAUAUAAUUUUACAUGGUAUUUUAUUAACACACAAAAGGGUAUUGAAAAAAGUAGAAAAGAAAAUACUUUUUAACUACAAAAAGUUUUAUAAUUUCUUCUUAAUACAAAAUUUUAAAUAUUUAGAUUUUACUGAAACUUCAAAAGCAUUAAAAAUUUUAUGCUUAGGUUAUUAUGCAUUAUUAUUCCUAGACAAGAAUGAAGAUUAUAAAAAUAUAACAAGUACAAACGUUGAAACGAAUAAUAAUCAGAGUUGUAAUAUUAAUAUAUUAGAAAAAAGAAAAGAAGAAAGAAAAAAGGAAAAUAAUAUAUAUAAACUUACUCAAAAACAUUCUUUAUCGAACACAAAAUUUUGUUAUAAUAAUUUGGAUUAUGAACAUAUGUAUAAAGAUCAUCCUCUUUUUCAUAAAUUACCCAUGUACGUAAAUAUAAAUGAUGCUUUUAUUGAAUAUAAGACAGCUCAUGAAACUGAACAUUUUGAUAUAUUGGGAAACAAAAAGAAAAUUAUUAAUAUUUUAGAAAAGGAUAAAGUAAAUACAACAAGUGAUAAUAUUAUCCUAGAAAAUGAUUAUUAUAAUACUUAUGAUAUUGAGCAAAAUAAGUGUGAAGAUAAUGUAAUAUUGUUUGAUAAAAAAAAUAGUAGUACUAAUAAUACUGCUAUUACUAAAAAGGAUAAUAGUAAUAAUAAUAAUGAUAGUAGUAAUAAUAAUAAUAAUGAAAAUAGUAACAAUAAUAAUAAUAGUAACAAUAAUAAUAAUAAUAAUGAUAAUAAUAACAAUAGUAACAAUAAUAAUAAUAAUAUAUAUUAUAAACCAAGUUACAAAGAACAGUUAGAACAUAUUAAAAUUGUGGGAGGGAAAAAAUUUAUUUGUGAAAGUCAUAUUAUGGAAAUACUUAAUAUUUUCUUUUUUUAUUUUAACGAUAAUAAUAGUUAUAUUAGAUGGUGUUUAUCAAAAAGUUUUGGUAAUAUUAUGAUAUAUUUAAAUGUAGAUAAUAUUAAUACGGUUAUUAAUAAAUUUGAUGAUUUUACAAAAUAUAAUGAUUAUAAUAUACUCUGUACAAUUAAUUAUACCUUAUUCCAUUUUUUAUUUAAUAAGAAUAUUAUUUCAGUGGAUAUUUUAAAUUAUCUAUUAAAAAAAAUAAUACAUAGUUUAUAUUCAGAUAAGGUUAAAAUAUAUCCUAGCGCCUUUGUAUUAUUAUAUAGUUUAUUUAAAUAUAAUAAAUACAUAAAAAUGAAUUUUAAAAAUAAUGUGACUAGUAUUAAUUACUUUUUAUUUCAUCUAAUAUUUAUUAAGUUGAUAAUUUUCUCUUUAUUUGAGGAUAAUAUUAAUGUAAGAAAAUCAUCUAUGUCAUUAUUACAGUUAUAUGUAGGGAAAUUUAAUUUCUUUUAUGAAGUAGAAAAUAAAAGUAGGUUGGAUAAGAACAAGACGGAAACAGCAGAAAUGUAUGUUAAUAAUAAUAACAACAUUUGUGGUAAUGAUUUGAUUGUAGAUACUCCGAUGGAGAAUAAUAUACAUAAUCAUGAAAACAAAAAUAUUAAUUCAUAUUUUAUAGAUAAUUCGAAAGGAAACUUAAAUAAUAUUAUAGAACAUCCUAUAUAUAUAUCAAAUAGUAAAAAUAAUCAGGAACAUUUUUUUGAUCGUAUGCUUGAUUUUAUUAACUUAUUUUUUAGUCAUUCUGACAUAAGUACCUAUUACGAAAAUGUUAGAAAUAUGUCAAAUGAAUUUAUAGAUAAUUCGAAAAUAAGCAUUCCAUUGAUAAAAUAUACUAUUAAUAAUUAUAAUAUAAAUAAAAAUAUUAAUUAUAAUAUUAAUGAAAAUAUUAAUAAUGAUAUUAAUGAUAAUAUUAACAAUUGUGAUAAUAUUAAUGAUAAUACUAAUGAAAAUAUUAACAAUUGUGAUAAUAUUAAUGAUAAUAUUAAUGAUAAUAUUAACAAUUGUGAUAAUAUUUUUUAUAAAAGAAAUAAUAGAUAUAUGAACAAAAUAAAAAGAGAUAUUUUUAAUAAAAAUAUUGAUCUAUUACGUACUUGCAAUUUCAACGAAUUAAUAAAUUUAAAAAAGUCUAUUAUUAUCAAAACAAAAAUGGUGUGCAAUUUUUUUUUAUAUAAAUAUCCAAUUAUUUAUCAUUUAUAUUCCAAUAAAUUAUUUCAUGAAAAUGUGAACGUACGGUUAUUGUCUUCUGAAUCAUUAUCUAAUUUAUGUAUUGUUGAUUGUGAUUAUUUUAUUCAUGUUGUUCUCCCAUUUUUAAUAAAAAAAAGUUAUGAAGAAAAUGUUUUAAUAAAACAUGGAUCUAUAAUUUGUAUUUCCAAAAUUUUAUUAAAAUUAAAGAAAGAAAUUAAUGAAAAUUUACAAAAUGAUAUAAAAAAUAUUAUUAUCUAUAGUGAAAAAAAAAGAAUAUAUAAAUUUAAAAAAGGAGAAAUCUUAAGACAUUCCUUAUGUUUAUUAAUUCAAAGUAUAUGUCAAUGUAACUAUUUUCUUGUAAAAAAAAAUACAUGCACAUUUUUUAAAGAUAUUUUACAUAAUAAUUUAUUUCAUUAUAAUGAAAUUAUUCAAUUUGAAGCUUCCAAAAUUUUUUAUUAUAUGCCUAUAUAUUUAUUAAGUAAACAACAUACUAUUGAAUUUAUUUAUGAAGUAUUCUUUAAUAUUAUUAAAAAGAAAAAUAAUUUUCUUCAUUUAAAAGGUUAUUUUAUACUUUUAUGUUUUGUCAAUGAUACCAUUAUUCCAUAUGUAUGUUCUCAGCUCAUACAACUUUUUUAUUAUAUUUUAAAAAAAAAUUCAACCUAUUAUAAAACCAAAAAUAAAUAUUAUAUCAAACACAAUAAGGAAAAUAUACAAAAUAUCAAUGUCGAAAAUACUAAUGAUUACAAUGAUAUAAAAAAAGAUGUCUAUUUCUUUAAAAAAAUUAAUUUUGAAACAUAUCCCAUUGAUUAUAAUAUGAAAAUCUUUUGUCUACUUGCACUCUUUAAUGUUGUCAAUAACUUAAGGAAUAUAUAUAUAUCCGAUUUCUUGAAGGUCUAUACAAAAUGUACCAUAAAUUUUAAGGGUUUGAUUAAAUCCAGAGGGCCAAAAAUUAAUAAAAAAAAAAAAAUAAAUAACAUAAAUAUUCAUGAUGAAAUGGACUAUUUCAGUAAUAGUACAAAUGAAAAUAAUGAAAGGGAAAAUAGUCAGGUGAAUUGCUCAAAGAAAAAAGCUAGCUACCUGAACGGUUCAGGUAAUAAUUCAUUGAAUGGAAUAGAAUUGGAGUAUACUUUAAGAAGUGGUAGUUUAUAUAAGAAUGAUAACCUUAAUAAUAAUAAAGUUGAUGAAAACGAAUUAUAUUUUGAAAGAGAUUCUGUGGAUAAUAAUUAUAAUGAACUAACCAUUCCCUUAGGCGUUUCAUAUAAUAAGAAAAAAAGACGAAAAAGAAAUACGAGUUUUUAUAUAAGGAAGGAUAUAAAUUUCAUAAGGAAAGAGAUAAGUUGGGAUAAAGUUUUGGAAAAGAGUAAAAAGAAAAAUGGAGAUAUGCAUAGUGAUAUACUUGAGUACAAAUUAAAUAUAAACAAAAUAACUAAAAUAUUAAUUUUGUAUUUACAAGAAUAUGUGUAUGAAAAUGAUAUAGGAGAUUCGCAUAUUUUUGUUCGUGAAAUAUGUUUGGGUUUAACCAUAUUUUUAUUAACAUCUUAUCCGUUGUAUUUUUUUAAAAAAAGAAAUAAAAAUGCGCAAAAUGUAAAAAAUGUGAAAAAUGUAAAUAACUUAAAUAAUUUAAAUAAUUUAAAUAAUGUAAAUAAUGUGGUAAAUGCUUAUAAAGAUAGGAAUAAAGAAAAGAAUAGUGAUAUAAGAAUACAUAAGAUAGAUAAAUGUUCAUGUCCACUCAAAUUAUAUCAUCCAAAUGAAAAAUCUUCAGAUAAAAAAAAGAAUAUGUGCGUAAGUAAAAAUUAUUUUUAUGAACAAUUUGAUUCUGAUAACAGUUAUGAAGAUGAGGAUGAAGAAUAUAUUAAUGAUAAGAAAGGAACAGAUGAUACAUUAAAAAAUGAGAAAGGAGACACUUAUUAUAUAUAUAUUAUAUAUAAAAUAAAAAAGAAAUAUAUUAAUAUACUUAUUCAGUUAUUAUUAAAAUUAUUAUGUGAGAAAAAUAUGAGGACACAUAAAAUGUGCUUGUUUUUAUUAAAUUAUUUAUAUAAUUAUUCUAUAUUUAAUACGAAAGAGAAAAUAAUGGAUACAUUUUCUUUCAAUAAUAUAUUUAAUAAAUAUUGUCAUGAUUUUUCAUAUGAAUUAUUUCUUAAAAAAAAAAUUGAUGAUAAUAUAAGAAAAAGUAAAAUGAAUAUAUAUAACUAUUUAAAUACUUAUUCUGAUAAUAUUUGUAAUGUGUUUGAAAAUAUAAUUGUUCAUACAUGUGAUUAUUAUCAACCAUUAUAUUUAAAAGAAGAUAAAGAGCAAAAUAUAGAAUUUGAAGAAGAGGAUUUAGAAAAAGAAAAAAUAUAUAAUAAUACUACCUGUUCUUGUGUGUAUGAAGAAGAAAUUACUUCUUUAUUUUUAAAUAAAAAUUAUAAGUAUAAUUUGAUAAAAACGAUAUUUAACAAAAUUAAUAACUUUAUAUAUUUAUACAAUUAUGCAUUAAAAUAUGCUAGCUUUUCUAUAUUUCAUAAGAAUAAAUAUAUGUCCACUCGGAAGGGCUUAAUUAAGGGUUACUCAGAAAAGGAUACUAUAGAAAGUUGUGAUAAUAUGAAUAAUAUUAAAGAUAAUUUAGAUGAUGCGCAGAAUGAGCAUUGUGUGUUUAAUAAAUUGGAUGGGAAUAAAAAAAAAACUGAUGAUUUGUGCUUUGAUUUAAUUUUUGACAACAUACAUAUAAAUAACGAUUUUAUUGAUGAAAUGAAUGUGAGUGAGAAUGAAGAUAAGAUUAGUAUGGAAGAAGAAGGAUUAAUAAGGGAUGUUCACUUCCUUUUAGAUAAAGGGAAAAAAAAUAUUAGUGUAAUUAAAUGUUUAGAAUAUAAUGAGACAUAUUUGUAUAAACAUAUAUUUUACUUAUUAUUUUUGAAUAAAUAUAAUUAUUAUAUAAUAAAUGGAUUCUUUAAUAGUUUAUGUUAUUAUUCUUCUCAUAGUGAAUAUAGUAAUUAUGAAUACACAAAUUUGAUUAGGAAAGGAAAAGAAAAAUCUAUAGAAUUUUUAUUCUUAGAGUUUUUAGAAAGAUAUAAGAAUAUAUAUACGUUUGGAUAUAUUAGAGAUGAUAUAUUAUUUUUGUAUAUACGAUAUUAUAAAAAAUAUUAUGUAAAUUAUGAUUAUUGUAUUGUUGAUAAAAUAAUUUAUGAAUAUAAUGACAAUAAAAAUAAAAAGAUGAAAAUAUUAUUAUAUCCAUAUAAAAAUACAUAUGAAAAAUUAAUAGAUAAUGAAGGAAAUGAAAAUUUAGAGAUGGAUCCAUAUAUGAAAAAUGAUUUGGAGAAAAAAGAUAAUUAUGUUUGUUGUUAUAAUUAUGGGGAGAAUUAUUUUUCUCUUUUUAAUUAUAAUAUGCACGACAUAAAUUUGAAAGAAAUAAUAUCAUUAGAAAAGACAUGUACAGAAUUUAAUUAUUCAUAUAAUAUAUUUAAUAAUUAUAAUAUAUAUUUUGAUGGGAAUAUAAUUUUAUUUUAUAAUAAUGUGGAAUGUAAUAAUAUGGAUAAAAGUUUACAAAAAAAAAAAAGAAUUAAAGAAAAUAAAAAAAUAAAAAGGGAACAACAUGAAAAAAUUGAAUUAUUAGCAUAUGUAAAUAUAUGUCUGAUUAAAAUUUUAUAUUACUUAAAUAAUUUUAAUUUAGUACAAUUAGAAAUAUUUCUAAAGAGUGUUAAUUCUUUUAUUAAAUCCUCUAUAAUGAAUAAUUUUGCAGCAUAUUCCUUUCUAUAUUUUUUUCUUAUAUCACUGGAUAAAUACAAUUCAUUUGCGCUUAUUAAAACAAUUUCUGAAGUUAUUAUAAAUAUUUUUAUGUGUCUGUCUAUUCACAAUAAUAUAAAACGAUUGGCUAUGUUCUUGAUUCUUCAGUUAUUAGUACAUAGGUAUCCCAAGAUUCGAGAAUUUACAAAUGAGUAUUUUUAUGCAAAUAUAAAUUUCAUAUCUCCUAGCGAAUUUAAACAUUAUUUAUUUAAGAGUUAUGAAGAUUUAGAAAGCAUCAUGUCAAUAUUGAUAAAUACUCAAUUUUCGCUUAUGCUAAAAAAGGAAAAUUGUCAUAUAAAAUUAGCAGUAGAAGAAAUAUCGACCCUUUUGAAUAUUCCUUAUUAA